UUCCCGCUAAACCACGUGCUGCACUGACCCAACGACGUAAAUAACUCUUUCUACGAAGUUAGGUUAGAUUUCUCGAAAUGUCUAAAGAUGAAAAUGAAGAGAAACAGCAUCGUGAAAGUGAAGAUGAGGAUUCAAAACAAGACGAGAAUUAUGAUCCCCGCCUGGAUUUCUUCAGCGAAAAGUUCGAUCCUUUGUAUGCUCUGUCCAAAGAGAAAAAUCAAGUGCCUGUGUAUAGUGUGAAAUGUUACGAUAAUUUGAGUGCUUACCAAAGAGCACAACAAAAGAAAAAUGAUCCUGAGCCGGCGCAGAAGAAGAACGUCAAAGCGGGAAGUUCAAAAGGUCCCGACAAUGUUCAAACUUCCGAGAGAAGGUUUCUUCCUCAUCAAAUGCCGGUACAAUCUGUUCGUAAAGUGAGAGGUAACAUUUUCACCAGGAUGGAAAAGAUGACUGGACCCCUGCAGUUGCUCAAACGAUGUGUAGAUGAGAACUUGAGGAUAAAGGUUUUCACGAGAAAUGCUACUAGCAUAAGAGGGUAUUGCAUAGGAUAUGUUACAGCUUUCGACAAGCAUUGGAAUUUGGCCCUUAAAGAUAUUACAGAAGUAUGGACCAGACGAAAGAGGAGAAAGACAUCGGCUCUUGUUGCAGACGAAAACACGUCCUACCAGACUCAACGUAUUGUGUUACCUCCCCCUGUAAAAAUAUUGAAGGAAACCAGUAAAGAAGAAGUUUGUUCAAGGAAAGUGAGCCAAUUCAUCAUGAGAGGAGAGCAUGUAGUUUCAAUAUGUCUUCUUGAUUCUGCUAAAAGAUGAAAUGUUGUUAAAUAUACUCGAUGUGUCUAAUGUUAUUGUAGAAUAUUGUGUUUAUGUUAAUGUAAUAUUUUCUCUUAAUAAAAUAUUUGAAUUUUA